AGCACUGGUCGUAGUCGCGCUUCAGCUCCGUGCAGGCCUCGCCGACGCUGUUCAUGGCGGACUGACGCAGCGCGCCGGACGCGGACUCACGUCACUUCCGCGUCGGCGCCGGAAGCGGAAGCGGCGCGUCCUCAUGCUCGCCGGCAGUUGGGCCCGGAGGGGCUGGAGCCCCUUGCGCGCUGCGCUCGGGCGGAGGGGCGCCUCUUCGGCGGGGGACGCCGGGUCCGGCCGGACCAAAAUUACUUUGGAGUUGUUGGAUCACCUGGAGCGGCUGGCGCUGGUGGACUUCCGCAACUGGGAGGGCGUCCGCCGCCUGGAGAGCGCGGUGGCGUUUGCCGAGCAGCUUCAAGCCGUGAACACCGAUGGGGUCGAGCCUAUGGAGUCGGUGCUGGAAGGCAGGCAUCUCUAUCUCAGAGGAGAUGAUAUCUCAGAAGGGAAUUGCGCAGAGGAACUCCUGAAGAAGGCUGCCAAGACAGUUGAAGGAUAUUUCAUAGCUCCACCAGGUAACAUCCCUCUGCCAAAGGUAGAAGAGAGAAAUAGUUUUCUUCACAAGGAAGACUCUUAAUAGAAGAUUCGACUUGAAAUGCCAUCACCAACUGCUUUUAGACACAUUGUGUAUUGUUAUCUAGAUCAAAUUUUUAUAUCGGGUACCUCAUGUGAAGGGGAGGGGGAGGAACAGGAACUGAAAUGACUGGUGUUGCUUAGCCAAAACAAAAAUACUAAUUACAAAGCUGUAAUUAGGAAAGAGUAUCAUUGACACUAAGUUUAACACAAACAUGGUGUGUGAACAUGUCUAGAACUUCUUUUAAACCCCAUACAAGAAUUCUGAUCACAUUAAAAUUUUGCACAAGUUUACUGGUA